UAAAUAUUUUGAGGCGGAUCCGUUGGCUACAGGUUUCGGAUUUGCGCAGCAUCAGAAUGAGAUUCGAGCUGGGGAGCUAGAGUCUUUCCAAAUGGAAUUACAAAUCCAAUGGAUAGAUUGAGACCCUAAAAUCGAAAUUGUUUGUCAAGAGGGUUCAACUGCCACCAUGGCUGACAUGGAAGUGGCUAUCUCCCCUGCCCAUAUCGAGGCACUUCACCUCAGCCCCUCGCUGUCCUCCACCUCUACAUUUUCCUGCCCUUCCUCACCUGGAUCCUCUUCUUCCUCAUCCUCCUGCUCGGACUGCUCCUCGGACUGCCCCAACCAGCACCAGUCCUCCUCCAGUCCCAGAAGCUCCAGCCCCAGCAGCAGCGGCAGCGAUGGCAUGCGUGGCUGCAGCCCUCCUUUGGACAUCAUAUCUGAGGACGCUGUGGAGCUGGACCUGGUCAUCGACCCUGAAGUGGCCCUGAAGGCUUGCCAGGAGGUCCUGCAGAAGGUCAAACUCCUGAAGGUUGAGGAAGAACCAGAGUUGUUGGAAAAGUGCAGCCCGCAAAGGCUGCUGCCCAAUGGAACAGUAUACCUGGAGCCUUUCGACACAGAUUCGAUUAAAGAGGAGGAAGAACAGCAUGAUCCUUCACAACAAAUAACGCAGCCAUGCCCUCCGUCACAACAGCCUUGUGACACAGGUUCGAUUAAAGAGGAGGAUGAAGAGGAGGAAGAGAAGUGUGAUCCUCCCCGACAAAUUACUCAGACAUGCCCUCAGUCGCAACCGCAAAAUGGCGACCAGUCCUCCGCGGCAGCCAAGCAGUCCUUGCUUUUGCGGUUGUUUGAGUCCAAGCUCUUCGAUGUCUCCAUGGCCAUCUCCUACCUGUACAAGUCCAAAGAGCCCGGUGUCCAGGCCUACAUUGGCAACCGCCUCUUCAGCUUCUCGGACGAAGAUGUGGACUUCCACCUGCCCCAGCUGCUCAACAUGUACGUCCACAUGGACGAGGAUAUGGGCGACGCCAUCCGACCCUACGUGGUGCACCGCUGCCGCCAGAGCAUUGCCUUCUCCCUGCAGACGGCAUGGCUGCUCGGCGCCUACUCCUCCGACAUGCACAUCUCUACCCAGCGCCACUCGCGCGGCACCAAGCUGCGCAAGCUAAUCCUCUCAGAUGAACUAAAGCCCCACGCAGCUUCUAAAGGUGUGGAUCCUGCCGGUGCUGCGGCCGCCAGCCCUGGGCUGCGGGACGGUGCGCGGGUUCACCACCACCAGCGGCACACCGUGGAGCUGUCCCCGGCCCCCGACAGCCAAAUCAUCCCCGCCGAUGCCUACCUCUCGCCUUCUAAGCGGACACACCAGCGGUCCAAGUCGGACGCCACGCAUUGCACGAGUCUGGGGACUAGCCUCAAGAGAACAGCCAGCAACCCCAAGGUGGAAAGCACCUACGAUGAGCCGCUGCGCCUGACCCCGCAGAGGGAGUUCAUCAAGUCUCUGAUGGGCAUCGGCAAGCGGCUGGCCACACUGCCCACCAAGGAGCAGAAGACCAAGCAGCUCACCUCAGAGCUGUUAGUGCUCAACCACAAGUUGCCCGCCCGCGUCUGGCUGCCAACUGCAGCCUUCGACCACCACGUGGUGCGCGUGCCCCACACACAGGCCGUGGUGCUCAACUCCAAAGACAAGGCCCCGUACAUAAUCUACGUGGAGGUGCUGGAGUGCGAGAGCUUCGAGACGUCCGCCAUUCCUGUGCGCAUCCCGGAGACGCGCAUCCGCAGCGCCCGCUCUGCGGACAACCUCCUCCCGGAGUGCAUUGGCAUCACAGCCGAGCAGCGCGCCGGCAGCUUCUCCACCGUGCCCAACUAUGACAACGACGACGAGGCCUGGGCCGUGGACGACAUCGGCGAGCUGCAAGUGGAGCUCCCAGAAGGCCACACCAGUAGCAGUGACAACAUCUCCCAGUUCUCUGUGGACAGCAUCACCAGCACGGAGAGCAAGGAGCCAGUCUUCAUCGCCGCCGGCGACAUCAGGCGACGUCUGUCAGAGAACCUGGCCCACACCCCCACCACGUUCCGGAAAGAUCCGGAGGACCCGUCCGCUGUGGCGCUCAAGGAGCCCUGGCAGGAGAAAGUCAGGCGGAUAAGGGAGGGCUCCCCUUACGGUCACCUGCCAAACUGGCGGCUGCUGUCGGUCAUUGUGAAGUGUGGGGACGACCUGCGGCAGGAGCUACUGGCCUUCCAGGUGCUCAGCCAACUACAGUCUAUCUGGGAGCAGGAGCGUGUCCCCUUGUGGAUCAAGCCCUAUAAGAUCCUGGUGAUGUCAUCGGACAGCGGGAUGAUCGAGCCCGUACUGAACGCUGUGUCUCUGCACCAGGUGAGGAAGCAGAGCCAGCUGUCUCUGCUGGACUACUUCCUGCAGGAGCACGGCAGCUACACCACCGAGGCCUUCCUCACCGCCCAGCGCAACUUUGUGGAAAGCUGCGCCGGCUACAGCCUCAUCUGCUACCUGCUGCAGGUCAAAGACAGACACAAUGGCAACAUCCUCCUGGACUCUGAGGGCCACAUUAUCCACAUUGACUUUGGCUUCAUCCUGUCCAGCUCACCCAGGAACCUGGGCUUUGAGACCUCUGCUUUUAAGCUCACCAGCGAAUUUGUGGAUGUGAUGGGAGGCCUGGAUGGAGACAUGUUCAACUACUACAAGAUGCUGAUGCUCCAGGGCCUGAUAGCUGCUCGCAAACACAUGGAGAAGGUGGUCCAAAUAGUGGAGAUCAUGCAGCAAGGCUCUCACUUGCCCUGCUUCCAUGGCUCCAGCACCAUCCGCUACCUGAAGGAGCGUUUCCACAUGAGCCUGACAGAGGAGCAGCUACAGGUGCUGGUGGAGCAGAUGGUGGAUGGCUCCAUGCGCUCCAUCACCACCAAGCUUUACGACGGCUUCCAGUACUUCACCAACGGCAUCAUGUGAACAGUUCAACACCAAGACACGAAACUCAACUACAUGGGACAACCACAUGGGAGAGCAAGCAAUCGUGUACACACACAGAUGGUGGCGAACAUGUGCAUAUGGACUCACGCAUGUGUGCUUGCCAUAGCAGCACAUCUACGAAAAUGGACUCAUGUAUAGAUUAGUGCUACAGGAUCUGUUUGCAAACUUGAUAUGUUCUUUGUCUUAGAUGGACUUCUGUUUUCCCCCUCCUUAUUUUGGCCUUGUGGAGGGGGAGUCUGCACCUCAUCUUGUCCUCCUAUCCAUAGGACUUUUACCGCAUUGACUGUUCUAAAACGAGGCAUAACGCACAGUUCAAAUCACACACGAAAAGGAUUAAGUAUCAAUAUCAGAGGAGGUACUUAAUUGAAAAGGGGGAGGGGCAACAUUGGAGAGGGCGUGGUCUAUAUUCAGAGGUGCCCAGAAGAGUUUUCUCAGAAUGGACAAAUGACAAAACUGUUUGUUGAAGUCCUGUGGCUCAAUUGUGCAAGAGCGAAUCACAAAGAGGUACAUAUCGAAUAUAUGUACUUAUUUUCAUUGUUCUUAGAACAAAAUGGACUUUGAGAAGUUGAAGCCACUAUGUAACGACAAAGAAAGCACAAGACAUAAUUUGCUGGGGUUUUCUAACGGACAUUUUCCUUCUUCUCUGAAAAUUCUGUGGUUAACAAGAAUGAGCCAGCCCAAAGAGAGGGGAGAAAAAAGGACUAUUAAAAACCAUUGGUGUAUGAGUGUUAUCUGUCUGGAAAACAACUCUUUAUUCCAAGGUUUUGAUUCGUUUUGAACAAUGUUUAAAUUUCAAACUGGAAGUUUGAACUAGGACCAACUCGUCUCUUAUUAGGGGUCCAAGCAUGCAGCAAAGCUGCUGGUUGUAUGUGUUUUUCUUCCCAUCCUUAAAAGGAGCAGUUUCAUUUUCAAUCUGGGUUUCAGACAACUGGGGCUCAUCCAGUAGAGCACAUCUGUACUUAGUGUUACAGAUAGAAAGGCCAUGAAUAGAAAGGAGACUGUUCUCUGUCAUCACAGUUCAGUUAUCUAGGGACUCUUGUCCUUACUGAAUAAGCACCAGGCAAGUCUGCCUAGUAUCUGAAACCAUCAGGAAAGGGCAGAAUGUUGUACUGUUGAAUAUGCCGACUGUGUCAUGCCAACAUACAUCAUGUAGGUCUUUGCUUUGCUAGUGUCACUCUUUAAAGCAUCAUACUUGAAGGAACGCUAGCGUAGUGAUGAGCCUCAUGCACUUAAUGACAGUUAUGUUGAACCAAAAUGGCUACCUGUGGUUACAUAUACAAAACAAUUGCAAUGGAUUUAUGCAAAAAACUCAACAUUGAUGUUCCACUAAUGUUCGUCUUUCAUCUCUAACUGUGUAUAUUAACGCAUUAUUAUUGUAUGUUGUUUUAACUUAGGUUGCAUAUUUAACGAAUGCUCAACACGUCCCUCUCUGGUUGGCUCUGGGCUGCAUUCCUGUGACUAACUCAGGCCAAUCCAGAGAGAGGGUUGUCCUUGAGCAGACCAUGUAAAUAAUGGGAGUGAUAUCAUUCCUCUGUCUGUCUUAGUCUGUUUAUUUCUCCGUGUUUUGAACAGUAUGAGCUCAUUAUCACAAGUCAACUUCCUUGAUAUGUGAAUGUUUUUUUUAUGAUACUCUACUAAACCGAUUUUAUUUAAUUUUUUCGGUCUCAAACACAUAUGUAUUCAGUAUUGAAGAGAGCUGUUUCAAAAGCGACAUGCGUGGAUGGCCUAUAACUUAUAAUACCGGCUCAUGUCUUUAUGUUUGAAAGCUAUGUCGUUGGUGGGUGGCUUUUGUGUGUAGCAAAAGUGACAGAGAACUUGUCUCUCCAAAAUGAAGUCAUUCCUGUGAGCAAACCGAUGCCUUGAAACAUACAACUUUUAUCAAUGCAACAGUUGGGGGAAAAAGGCAUGCAGGUCAUGUACCCAGGAAGUGCUUUUAUCAAAAGUUUAAACACUCCUGCUUACUCUAAAGUAAAUACUACUUCAUUGCCUUUCCCUUCAUUUAUUCCAACCCUAACAUUAUUCUGUAAAAUGAUGUAAAUUACUCUAAAGUGCAUUUAUCUUUGCUGGAGCGGGUUCUGUCAAACCUGAGUUAAUUUUGAUGUCUCUCCCAUUCUGAACCACGGCGAAGCAGAAUUGUGUCCUUGUCCAGUGUCACACCAGCUAAAUGCUUGUCCGGGGGUAUAUUCAGUGCAGAAAUAUGUUCAGAUUGCUACAGAUAAAUGUAUUGGAUAGAUCACACUAUAGUUUUGAAUAGAAAAAUGUCUGCUCUACAUGUAAGAUUUUUGCCUUCCAAGUUCUGAACAUUGUGCCCUCCUGAAAGAGACAUGGUUUUAGACGGAAUUGGUCCACCUCUAACACCAAGCAAAGCAUUUAUUCUAGUAAAUUAACGAGUCCCUCGUCCUUGAUACUAAAGACAUUUAGAAUGUACAGGGGAAGAAAUAUUGCCCACUUUGUAUCAGAACGCUAACCCUUUUACCAUUUAAUCUUCCUUAUUAUAUGUUUUUCUCAUACACAUGGUACAGAGAAAUACCUUGUAUAAUGUCAACUAAAUGCAUGACUCAUUCAAUAAAUCAGAAAUAGUUUUUUAAAUCUUUA